UGCAGCCACUGUCGUAAAAGUCGCUCGGUCGUGACGGAGCUCUCCUGGCAAGCAGCUUGCAAGAAAUAGCCAUGUACAAGGGAGUCUUUGACGUUAGGCAGAAACGAGCGCAUCGGCGAUAAACGACACUGUGCAGGAAGAUCCUUCAACAGUUUGUCUUUGAGUUCCCAGUGAAACCUGGCGGUGUGGAUUUUGUCCCCGGUGGAAACGAGCAGAGAGUAACACUUGGCAUCCUUAUGGACGGUUCCAAACAACCGCUGCACUUCUUCUUUUCCUCCUUUCCCGGGUUGGUUGUCGUGGAUUUUAAAGUAAACAGUCUCUCCAUCCACGUCCACGGAGAAAACACGAGAGGACCACCGGGAGAGAAGUGCCAUGGUCCGCCUUGACAUCGCGUGUGUGUGUGUUACGGUUUUCAGACUUCAGGCUGCCUGCGGAAGGGAAAACGAAAGUAAACACUGGGCUGGAAACGAAACUUUGGCCUCAGCCUGGAAGAUGUUACGCAAUCGCCCUCAAGCCAAACAUGUUUACAACACUAUAUCGGCCAACCACAGUAUUUCAAGAUACUAGUUUAUGUGAAAAACAAAAAAAAAGAUAGGUGAAAAACUCCAAUCACUAAAGAUUGAUGAAUUUAAUCUCUCUCAAAAGUGUUUUUUUAAUGUAUUUUAUUUAUAUUUAUUACUUAUUGAAGUUUAUGCACUGAACAGCAUGGUGAACUAGUGGUUAGCAUGACUGCCUCACUGCUCUGAGGUUUGGAGUUGAAAUCACAGCUAUGGCCAUCCUGUGUGUGGGUUUGCAUGUCUUUAGUAUGUGCCUUGGAAUAAACUGGCAACCAGUCCAAGGUGUACCCCUCCCCCAAAGUGUGGGACAGGUUCCAGUUUACCCGCGACCCUAAUGAGGACAAGCGCUAUGGAUGGAUGUUGAUUGACUAUGCGUUAUCUUGGCUGGUUAGAUAUUCUGAGUAUAUGUACAUGGUGUGUCAUUGUGGGAACGAGCCUCUUAUAUUAGUUUCCUGAACAGAAGAAAAUAUAUAAUCUAAAAAUAACCAGAAGUAUUCAUAAUGACCAAUACACUUCUGUUUGUCACAUAUACUUGUGUAGCAUGCAGUGAAAUGUGCCUCAUAACCACAUACAAAUAAGACUGUGCAUGACAUGAAAAAGGCAAAUGGUGGUAAAGCUCUUAACAUGUCUGCUUUGCAGUGAGUGGAAUUUUCAUAUUUAUUACCAGUCAAGAAAAUGGGUGGAAGGAAGUUUGGUCAAACUACACAACCUGUUCAAUGUUCAACCUUGCAGAAAAUGGAAAAAGUAAAAAAAUUAUUCCGUAUAUAGCUUUAAUGAUUUUCAGUUUUGCUAAAGGACAGUAUUAAAAGCUUGGGGUGCCCAAAGAGUAGCUACUCUAUAUAUACAUUUCAGUUUAGCGCAUAUCUGCUCACAGUGCCAGCAGUUAGUUUCAUUUUCAUUGUUUGAAAACAGAAACGAUGAGGCUAGUCAGCUGAUCUUCCCGGCUCUAUUUAAGUAGCAGUGCUGAGUAAAACAUCACCACAGUGGGUUGUUUGGAACCGUCCAUAACUGAGAGUGAGACAGCUGCUCGGAAAAUUAAUAUGUCCUCUGUUUUUACAGGUCCUUUGCUGCUCAUGCAGUUCUGCAUCAGAACUAUCCUCUCCUUUUGUAUUAGUGUAUUGGACAGAACUUUCUCCUUGACCAAAGGAACCGUUGCAGGACCGGGAUCCGACCCAGAUGUCAUCAAAGCCAGUCCAAAUGCUGUGACUCCGACCAGUGUAAACUACCAUUUUACACGCAAGUGUAACUACAAGUGUGGAUUUUGCUUUCAUACGGCUAAAACGUCCUUUGUGCUACCUCUGGAGGAAGCCAAGUGGGGCCUCAAACUACUGAGGGAUUCCGGUAUGGAAAAAAUCAACUUCUCUGGAGGAGAGCCAUUCUUGCACGAAAAAGGAGACUUUCUUGGAAAGUUGGUCCAAUACUGCAAACAAGACUUGCAACUUCCAAGUGUCAGCAUAGUCAGCAACGGCAGCAUGAUCAAGGAACAGUGGUUCCAGAAAUAUGGCGACCAUCUUGACAUCCUGGCCAUAUCGUGUGACAGUUUUGAAGAAGCUACCAACCAGCUGAUUGGCCGAGCUCAAGGCAGAAAGAGCCACCUGAACAAUCUCUCCAAGAUCCAGAACUGGUGUCAGCAAUAUAAAGUGGCCUUUAAAAUAAAUUCAGUCAUCAACACCUUUAAUGUGGACGAGGACAUGACGGAUCACAUCAUUCAGCUCAACCCAGUCCGAUGGAAGGUGUUCCAGUGUCUUCUGAUUGAUGGUGAGAAUGCAGGCGAGAAAGCCCUGAGAGAAGCAGAGAGGUUCACCAUCAGCGACCACCAAUUUCAGGAGUUUCUGGACAGACACAGUAGUAUUUCGUGCCUGGUUCCUGAGUCCAAUGAGAAGAUGAGGAAUUCUUACUUGAUCUUGGAUGAAUAUAUGCGUUUCCUCGACUGUCGAGAGGGUCGAAAGGACCCAUCCAAGUCCAUCCUUGAUGUUGGCGUGAGCGCGGCCAUCAGCUUUAGUGGAUUUGAUGAGAAAAUGUUUCUAAAACGGGGAGGGAAGUAUGUGUGGAGCAAAGCUGAUAUGAAGCUGCAGUGGUGAAGUUAUACCACCCAAGGAUAUUAAAUUGUAUGGACAGAGUGCAAGCAUUUUUUCUUAUUUUUUUCUUGUGAUUUCCACUUCUUUUUAUCAUUAGCACUGUCUUUUGCUAUGCAAAGCAGGGUAACUUAGACUCAAUAUGUUUAAACCAGUAACCCUCAGUGUUGUUAAUGGUUGACCUAUGAUAUAUAUAUAUAUAUAUAUAUAUAUGAAUAUAUUUUUAGGAUCCUACAUGUGUUGUGAUUUCAGGGUAAAAAUUAAUAAAACUGCCAAGAAAAAUA